AUGCUUCCAAAGGAAAUUGAUCCAUAUGAAUUCAAGUUCUUCAUCAAAGAUAUACUGCCUUUGUCCGAGACAUAUACACUGUUCAGAAGUUCGAAGCUGCUGAAGGCAAGGGAGACGGUAAAGGCUAUUUCCAAGACAAACCAAGGAUUGAUUGUCCUAAUCCACAAGUCUAGGGAGACGAUGAUAUACACGCCGGAAAGCAAAGUUUCCUACUUCACAAAGAGAAGGGGAAGGAUGGCACCGAAGAAUGCUGUUGUCCGUUUCUUGAAGGCGAAAAUGGUUGACUUUGUUGUCCUUAGAUUUAAGACUUUCUACUGUUGCCUAUCUAGAUGGGACAAGGAUGUCUGCAGUUUCUGUAUUGUGGCAUGCUUGGGCAAAAAGGCAACUGAAAGAGCACUGCUGAACCCCUCUGAAAUAUUGGGGGAUGUCAAAGAAGUUCCGCCCCUUAUUGGAAAAGGGCAGUUUAGAUUCAAGGACCUAGACUCGUUCAAGCACCUAGGGACGGAACACAAGAGCCAGUUACUGGAGGCUAACAUUGGUCUUGCUUUUGGGGUAACACCGAGUGCCAGCGAUGUGAAGGUGAAUCCGAUUGAUUUUUCUCAAGAAGAUGGGCUUGGAUACAUAAGCAAAAACUCCUCUGACAGCACAGAUAGAUUUGUGGAUAAAAAGGAUGAGGGCGAAAGUUGUCUCAUUGAAAUAAUGUCUGAAAACACUAGAGAUACCACAGAGAACAUUUAUUCGAAGCCAUACAAGGAGGUCAAGAAUGACGAAGAAGGAUUGAUCGACUACAUAAUAUCGAAGAUCACGAAGCUUGUGUGCGAUGAUGUAAAUACAGGAUGUUUACAGGAGGAAGAUAUAGAGAAGGAGAGGCUGUGGAAAACACUGGAGGAGGAAGAGGAAAGCGAUGUGUCCAGUAAAAAUCAUGGAUACGAUAUUGAAGGCAGAGAUUUUGGUAAGAGCCUCGGGGAAGACAGAAGCAAAGAAGAUAGCGUUUGCUCCUAUGAGGACCAAGGGGAAGGCUCUAGGUACGAAAAUAUCAUAAGGUUUGGAAUUAUAGAUGAUGGUAAGUUAAAAUGUAUGCAAAAGAGUGUUGGAUUGUUGUCUAUGGCGAAGUUUGAUAGAUUGGAAGCAUUUAUCAUUGGGAUAAUAGACCGACUCAAGGAAACAAAUAUCAAUUAUGUGGAAGUUUGUUCUGAGAUAGACUUCUUCAUCGUCAAUAAGGAAGGCACUAUUCACCUGUAUAUUCGAGACCUAAUACAUAGAAAGGAGAGGAAAUUCAUGGAGAAGUUCAGCGAAAUAUUCGAGAAGCUCGGUGCAAGAACUUAG